AUGGACGAAGUGCCAAUCGAACUCGUCGAUGAGUACUAUUACCUGGACUGCAUGCUGAAGAACAAUGGCAGUUACGAGAAAGGAAUUCAGCAAGGAUGCGCUGAGGCUACCUCUGCGCGACGGCUACUUGGCUAUUUUUGUCCUAGGCUCUCGCAGAAGAUCGAGAAGGUUGGGGAGAGCUAUGUUCAAGGACGGCACACCUUAGCGAAGAUGCGGGUAAUCGCGUCAGGGGAUGAGAUCAGCCCGGCGAUUAAGUCAAGACUCAACAAUCACUUUAUCGUCAUACUCAAAAUACUGCUGUAUCCGGAAUUUCGGAUGGCGGCAUCCGCCUCCGCGACUCCGGAGAAUCGCCGAAGACAGCACUCGUUGACAGACGUAGAAGAUCAGCGGCGCCUGGCAAAAACAACAGUGGAUGUCGACGGGACACACGUACUGAUUUCUGUUGGGAGAGCUAUUCUCGCUCGUUUGUUCUUCAUUGUUCAUUCGCUGACAACAAUCUGGCAUACAGUAACCAUUGAAGGAAGAGAUGGUGUUUGGGGUUUCGCCCUGCUUUCAUUGCUUAUAGUGUUUGAAGGAUCGUACACGAUAAUCAUGCGAGCCGGAGACGAAAGAAAAUGGUUUUGCACCAGCCUGCUACUUUAUAUUGUGGCAACAGCACCUCCAAUAUGGCUGUUGGAGACGAAAAUGUGCGAAUGGCGGAGAGAAUUCGAACUACUUGGAGAAAGUAAAGUUCGCAUAGAAGGGCCCGAAGAAGAACUGCACCUACAACUCCUUGAACAGCUCCUACUGGUUGUACUCAUAAUUGGCAGAUGGCUUUUGCCGAAAGGAGAUAUCAGCCGUGAACAACUCUCACAGAUCUUACUCGCGUAUUUGGCAAUAUCAUCCGAUAUAGUAGAAUUUUUUGACGUUUUCAAGGAGAAGCCAGUAUACAAUAACGUUGGUGUCCAGAAAAUUGUACUCGCUGCAUGGACGCUCAGCCUACUACAGUUUCCAUUUGUGCUCACUGUGAGUAGAGCAAGAAAAAUGCGGGUGGCUAUCACAAAGACUUACGAAGAAUUAAUUCUUCCGAGACGUCCACCCAAUCUGUGGGAGUUCUUCCACGACGUCGACAUAUGGGCAAUUGUACUGGCCAACGUUCUCCAGGAUAUUCCAUUUCUUCUGGUCCGUCUGUAUUUGAUGCUGCAGUGUGGCCUCGUCACUUACACUAUGAUCUUCUUCACUUGCAAAAAUGCUCUCAUAAUUGCACUGCAGACGUACAGGGCCUUCAUUUUACUCAACGAUCGUUAUAUACAUCCUAAACCACCGGAUUUGGAUAUGUUGGACACCCACACAUAUCAUGCACGUGAUCAUCCACGAAGACCUGUUGGACAUCAACGCAAACGAAAAAAUAAACGUGCUAAAAGCGAGGAACGUCAACAUCUAUACAGUCCUCGCCGCGAAAACAAGCGAGACCGUCGCGAAAUGGAUAUUUUGGAGGAGACAACAACAUAA